AUGUCAACAUUAAAUCUUGUAGCACCUCCUUACAUUCCAAAGAAAAGACAACCUAAAACAAGUGGUGGAACAAAUGGUAGUACAAAUAAAAGUAUCGGUGAAACUCGUGCUCGAACAAACGUAUCAACUAAUUUAAGUCAACAAAGUUCAACUGGAGUAUCACAACACUCAUCCUCUACCUCAACUAAUCCAAGUCAUCCACAACAAAAUGCACAAACUUUGUAUAAACAACUCUUAUAUUGGGAACCCAAAGAUGCAAAUGGGAGUGUUUUAGAUGAAGCAUAUUGUAUUGAAUGUAUUCCAUCUGAUUUUUGGCAACGUUUAGGUGAUUUAAAUGAUACAAUUAAAUCCUUUGAGAAAUAUUUCAACACCUCUUUAAUGAAUUAA